CAUUGGACAAUACCUAUACUCACGUGACUUUUGUUGUGGAAUAGUCCAAUCAAAAAUGGCUUCACACGAUACGUAUGAAUGGCCAAACUUCGGGAAAACAAGGCGGGCCACAACAAAAUGAAGUGAACUAGACUUUCUAUUAGGAUGGCAGGGGGUACAAGAGCUUCUGAUAAGAAUGCUCAGUUGGUCCACCUGAAUGAGUUGAAUCCUUUUCUGACUUGUGGUAUAUGCAAAGGAUAUCUCAUUGAUGCUACAACUAUAACUGAGUGCUUGCAUUCUUUUUGCAAGUCAUGUAUUGUGCGCCAUGGUCAGUUUUAUCUAAACUGCCCCACAUGUAAUCUCCAGAUUCAUCCCACUCUCCCCCUGUUACACUGCAAACUGGACAGUCAGAAACAGGAUAUUGUUUUCAAAUUACUCCCAAACAUUUAUAAAAAUGAACAGAAAAGGAGAAAAUUAUUUUGGAAAGAAUACCAGAAUAAAACAGGAGAAAAACCUGUACAAGUGCCUAUGCUGGGUAAAAGUCCCAGAAAGAAGAAAAAAGUGCUCAUUCAGCCUGACCCACUAGCGUCUGUAGUUCUGGAAUAUGUAGGGUGAGAUAUUACUCAAGGUUCAUGCUGUGUCAGUGACUCUUUUCAGUUUUGCCUUUACCUACAGACUGUUUUUUAUUCUUUGCACACAUUGACUUUUAAUAAAUGUUUUAUGGUUAAAUUAUUGGAAGUUAAAUCUAACAUAUGCCUUUUUUGACCAACAAAGUUAAUUAUUUUCAGCAUUU